UUGUCAAACACAAAAAUGGACGAAGGUGUUUCAGUGAAGCACGAAGGCAAAAAUGUUGAUAUAAAGCAAGAAAAACAAGAAAAUGUCGACAGCUUCAAGUACGAAUUCGAUUCUGGAAGUCAAGAUAGCAGUAAAAGUGGCAGCGGUGGUUAUCAGCGAUGGGCGCCCAAUUUGAAUGGAGUUCGAAAAAGUGCAUUUACACCAUAUAAGUCGGUCCAGUGCACUGCAUUGACCAACUUACAGAGAGGUAACACGCAAGCGCGGGUGCCCGAGUUGCCCCAGCCCGACUGCAGCUUCCACGCAAAAGCUGGCCGCGGCGAGAUCACUCGCGAAGACGUGAAACUGGAGCAGUAUGUCGAUAUCACCGACGAGCACGGCCUCACGGCGUUGCAUUGGGCCGCCAGCUAUGGUCAGCUAAACUGCUGCCAAGAUCUCGUGUGGUGUGGUGCAAAUGUGAACAUGCGGGGGCCAGAAGGCGAGACUGCACUGCACCUGGCUGCAGCAGGAGGGCACCAUGAUGUUGUCAAGUUCUUACUCAAUGAAGGGGCAGAUGUUGAUUUGCAGGAUGAUUCUGGCAGCACGGCACUAAUGUAUGCAGCGGCGGCAGACUUUCCAUAUACAUGCAAUGAACUCCUAUUGAGGGGGGCUGAUCUCACACUCACAAAUGAUUACGAUCAAGAUGCUUACACCCUUUCUACUACUAACAAUAGCAAACUGGCCCAAACUGUGAUAGAGAACUUUCUGAUUGGCUGCCUCAGUAAGAUGUAGACACACAUUCAACAAUUAUGUUGCUUUGGACAACCAACACAGCUGUUUUGUUUGCUUGCAGGUUUUAAACAAAAAUACAGGGAUUUAGUUGUAAUGUAAAUUUAUUAAAAUAUAAAUGUUUUUAAGUUCAUAAUAUUAUACAUUGUGAAGCUAUAAGUG